GCCGCAGCACCCGCACCGGAAGAGCGCCGCGAGGCUGACGGAGUCGCUUCUCCGACGGUCCCCGCGCUGAGCAGCCGCCAUGGGGAAGAGGCAGCACCAGAAGGAUAAGAUGUACAUCACGUGCGCGGAGUACACGCAGUUCUACGGGGGCAAGAAAGCAGACCUUCCACGAACUAAUUUUAGACGUUUGUCAUUUGAUCACUGCAGUUUAUCUCUGCAGCCAUUUGAAUACCCAGUUUGCACACCAGAUGGGACAGUCUUUGAUAUACUGAGCAUUGUUCCUUGGAUAAAGAAAUAUGGAACCAAUCCAAUCACAGGAGAAAAACUAGAUGCCAAAUCACUUAUAAAGCUGAACUUUGCUAAAAACAGUGAAGGUAAAUAUCACUGUCCAGUGCUCUUCACUGUAUUCACCAAUAACUCCCAUAUUGUGGCCAUCAAGACAACUGGAAAUGUGUUUGCCUAUGAGGCAGUUGAGCAGCUGAACAUAAAACCAAAGAGCUACAAGGAUCUUUUGACAGAUGAGCCCUUCACAAGGCAAGACAUUGUGACACUGCAGGAUCCAACAAACCUGGAUAAGUUCAAUGUGUCAAACUUCUUUCAUGUGAAGAACAACAUAAAAGUAGUUGAUCCAGAUGAAGAAAAAGCAAAAUUGGAUCCCUCUUACUAUUUGAAAAAUACAAAUGCAGAGACCCGGGAGACCUUACUGGAGCUUUACAAGGAAUUCAAAGGUGAUGAUAUUCUAGCAGCUACCAUGAAGGCUCCUGAAAAGAAGAAAGUGGAUAAGCUGAAUGCAGCUCACUAUUCCACUGGAGCAGUAAGUGCUUCCUUCACCUCCACUGCCAUGGUGCCUGAAACUACCCACGAAGCAGCUGCAAUUGAAGAAGAUGUUGUGCGAUACAAAUACGUGAAGAAGAAGGGCUAUGUGCGACUUCACACUAAUAAAGGAGAUCUGAACCUGGAGCUGCACUGUGAUAUGACACCCCGAACAUGUGAAAACUUCAUCAAGUUGUGUAAGAAGAACUACUAUGAUGGAACAAUUUUUCACAGAUCAAUUCGUAACUUUGUGAUCCAAGGGGGUGACCCAACUGGAACAGGAACAGGAGGAGAAUCUUACUGGGGAAAACCUUUCAAAGAUGAGUUCAAGCCCAAUUUGUCCCACACAGGACGUGGUGUUCUCAGUAUGGCAAAUUCAGGACCCAACACAAACAAAUCCCAGUUCUUCAUCACAUUCCGCUCUUGUGCAUAUCUGGACAAGAAGCAUACAGUUUUUGGAAGGGUCGUUGGUGGCUUUGAGACUCUGACUGCUAUGGAGAAUGUGGAAAGUGACCCAAAAACAGACCGUCCUAAGGAGGAGAUACGAAUUCAGACAACAACUGUUUUUGUGGACCCGUAUGAGGAGGCAGAUGCUCAGGUUGCUGCGGAAAGAGAGAAGGUCCAGCUGGAAGAAGAAGCAGCCAAAACAAAAGCUGAGGUGGUGCCACCAAAGAAAGAGGUUGAGACUCCUAAAACAUACCGGCAGGGGAUUGGGAAAUACAUCAACUUGGCUGCAGCGAAGCGCAGUGCAGGAGAUGAUGGGCCCUCAACCAGCACAGCUGCAAAGAAAGAGAAGAAGAUCACAGGCUUUGGGGACUUCAGCUCCUGGUAGCAGCGCGGGGAGCCUAGCACUGGAGCAGCACAGCAAGAAAAGAAGAGGCAGUCUCCCAUGUGCCCCCAAAGAGCCCAAAAGAGAGUCUGUCCUGGGAGGGAAGGCACCAGCCUGCCCUUCCACGGGGGAAGAAAACUGUGGCUUUGUUAAGGCUGGUUAAUGUGGCUUUGUUUUCUAGAGAGCUGCAUUCCCCCCACUGCAUCUUCCUCGAAUGCCUUUUUGUUGUUGUUUUGCUAGGCGGGGAGCAGGCAGCCCAGCUCCGCUGGGGAUUAGCUGGAGCCUUUCUCUGCCGGGCUGGCAGCAGACCAGGCAGAGCCUGGCCUUGCAGGAGGCUCCUUCAGUGAGCUGCCCUGCUGCUGAAAGAGCUCCUUUGACAGGUAAUCGCCUCCAGGCGAGCCAAGGCUGCCAAAUGAGGGAAUGGAUUCAUUGCUGGGGAGGUGCCUGUGCUGCUGCAGUGCUUUGCGGGUGGGAGGGGAGGGCUUCGGCCUGCCCUGCCCUUCCAGCUGCCUUUGCUACUUCUCAGCAAGGACCAGUUCUGUGUCUUGCUCUUUGUGGGCCUGCCAGGAUCCUGGCUGGAGUGACUGCUGCCAGUCUCUGCAGGACCUCACUCUCUCCAGAAUGAGCUCCCUCUGUGCCCAUUUAAGCCUCUGACAGCCUGGGAAGCGGUGAAUCCGGAUAAGCCUGGGGUAGCUGCACCAGUUCCUCCCAGGUGCUGGCCUUCCCUGAGCCACUGGGCAGCUUUAGGGGCCAGUUCAGACCUGUCCUCAGGCCCUAGAAACUACAGCCUGAAGCACCUGAGUGGGACUAGAAACAACUGUUAUGACUGUUUUUCAGCCCUCCCUAAAGUCUGCUCCUUACAGGGGCACAGGCUGUAGUCUGUCCUGGCUUCAGGCCUGCCAUGG